AUGGGCGGCGGCGGAUUCGCCGUCGAAGGAGGCUCGUUGUACAAAACAAACACGUCGAGCGCCAUAGCCGGGCUCUGCGUCGGCGCCGUCGUCUUCCUCCUCUGCUGUGUCACGCUGCUCUGCUCGUUCUUCUGCAACCGCACCCGCAGGGCGGCGGCGGCGGCGCCUACAGGCCGGAGAGAGGGUGGGGACUACGGCGGCAAUGUGGCUGCCGGCGUCGACGAGGCGACGCUGCAGGCGUUGCCGUUGGUGCUGUACGGCGAGGCGGCGACCACGCAGGCGUGCUGCCCCGUCUGCCUGGAGAGCUACGGCGAGCGCGACGUGCUCCGGGUGCUGCCGGCGUGCGGCCACCUGUUCCACCGGGAGUGCAUCUUCAAGUGGCUCCGGCAGCGCCCGACGUGCCCGGUCUGCCGGACGUCGCCGCUGCCGUGCCCCAUGACGGCGCCGCUCGCCGACAUUCUUGGACUGCUCUAUGUUUAA